AGGCGCGAAGCAGGCGCGCCCGGCCUCCGUGGCCGGCGCCGCCCUGCUGGAGGCGGCCUGGUCGGUCCUGGACAGCGACGCGGACGGGCGGGUUCUGCGACGGGAUUUGCACAGGUGUGACAGGGACAAGAACUUGUCCACCUCCGUGAUCCAGCUCCUGAGCGCGCCUGGAACGGACACCAACGAGGACGGCGUGAUGGACCACUACGAGUUCGUCGCCGCCCUAUCGAAGCAGGGGCGCGCCUUCCCUCCCAAUUCCACCAGCUGCAUGCUCCUCGCGAGCACCUCCAUCGCCACCGCCGCGUGGACCCUCGCCGACGUGGACGAGGACGACGAGGUCUCGGGCGAGGAGCUGCGCACCGCCCUCCAGGCAGACGUCGCAGGCCUGGCCUCGGGACCCCUCGACCGCGACGGCUUCGUGGCCGCGCUCAGCGACCUCGGCGCUGCACCCAGCGCCGACUGGGACCCCGAGGCGGUGAUUGGCGUGGCCGCCGCGGAGGUUGCCUGGGACGUUGUCGACCAGGACGGGGACGGUGUGGUAAGCUGGACGGACCUGGACGAGUGCAAACAGCAGGGGCUGCUCGCGCCCGACGCGCUGCAAGUGCUUAUGGGCGCAGACUCUGACGGUGACGGUGGGCUCAGCCACGCGGAGUUUGUCGCGGCAAGGGCGAACGCGGACAUGUCCAGCCAGGAUGUGUGCGACAGUUUCGUCUCAAAGGGCAUCUCGUCCAGGCGCAAGGGAAGCCCGCACUCUGCAGGAGCCGACUGGCCGGAUGCCAAGCGGAGGUGGUGUUGCACAUUCGAGGGCAUCGGUUGUGGUUCCUCGACCACGACUGCGGCAACGGCCUUGGCGUACGACUGCUCUGCGGCAGGAGCCUGGUCCACGGCGCAUAGGAUCUGGUGCUGCGAGCACAAUGGGCUCGGGUGCGCGACCACGACUGCAGCCAGCUCGACCCUGAGGCACACCAGCACCAGCACCAGCAGGUCAAGGGGCGCUCGAUCCAGUAGCACUUCGAGCAGCAGUUUGGCGUCGACGACCUCCGCCCCUCACAACUGCCACGCCGGGCUCCAGCACUGGAGGACUGCAUGGACCGCUGGCAAGGCCUCCUGGUGCUGCGAGCACUAUGCAGUCGGUUGCACGACCACCACAGCUUCCUACGAAUGCCACGGCGGGCGAUCCAACGACACCUCAUCCUGGUCAGAUGCGCAGAGGGCCUGGUGCUGCGCAAGCAAUGGUGUCGGGUGCCCGCCUGCAACCACGCCGUACAAGUGUCAGGAUGGCCCUUCGAGCAAGUGGACCAGCCGCAAGAGGCGGUGGUGUUGCCAGCACUACUCGCGGGGCUGCGCUACGACCACGUCUGUGCUAUUUGAUUGUGAAGCCGACCUGACGCAUUGGAAGGAAGGGUGGACGCCGGAGAAGCGCGAGUGGUGCUGCCAGCAGAGAGGCCUGGGCUGCCCUGAAGCCCCGCCAGAAGAUGCCGCUGAGGACACCACCUCGGAGCUCUUUGACUGCGCUGCCGGCUUCUCGAACUGGGAGGCGGGCUGGUCCCCAGAAAAGAAGGCAUGGUGCUGCGAGGGCAAGGGCGUUGCUUGCGAGCACACCACCUCGGAGCUCUUUGACUGCGCUGCCGGCUUCUCGAACUGGAAGGCGGGCUGGUCUUCGGAAAAGAAGGCAUGGUGCUGCGAGGGCAAGGGCGUUGCUUGCGAGCACACCACCUCGGAGCUCUUUGACUGCGCUGCCGGCUUCUCGAACUGGGAGGCGGGCUGGUCUUCGGAAAAGAAGGCAUGGUGCUGCGAGGGCAGGGGCGUUGCUUGCGAGCACACCACCACCACCACCACCACCACCACCACCACGGAGCUUUUUGACUGCGCUGCCGGCUUCUCGAACUGGGAGGCGGGCUGGUCCCCAGAAAAGAAGGCAUGGUGCUGCGACAGCAAGGGCGUUGCUUGCGAGCACACCACCUCGGAGCUCUUUGACUGCGCUGCCGGCUUCUCGAACUGGGAGGCGGGCUGGCCCCCAGAAAAGAAGGCCUGGUGCUGCGACAGCAAGGGCGUUGCUUGCGAGCACACCACCACGGAGCUCUUUGACUGCGCAGCUGGCCUCGCGAACUGGGAGGCGGGCUGGUCUCCAGAGAAGAAGGCAUGGUGCUGCGACAGGCAGGGCGUUGCUUGCGAGGACACCACAACUGAGCCCUUUGACUGCGAGGCCGGCCUCGCGAACUGGGGGGCGGGCUGGUCCCCCGAGAAGAAAGCCUGGUGCUGCGACAGCAAAGGCGUCGCGUGCCCUGAGGACACUACCGUGGAGCCCUUUGACUGCGCUGCCGGCCUCGCGAACUGGGAGGAGGGCUGGUCUCGGGAGAAGAAGGCCUGGUGCUGCGACAGCGAGGCCGUCGGAUGCGAGAACGCCGCCCACGAGAAGCGGCGCUUGAACGCGCACGAGAAGCUGGCAGGGUGAACCACCGAGCGGCUCCGGCAGAGCCCAGCCUGCGCUGGGAUGGCGAAGCCAUGCCGUCGUCAGUGUUGGGGUCAGGAUGCGGCAUGCUGUGUUCGGGCGGGCGCUCGUGUGCUUCACACCUGCAUUCGGCCACGCGCAGAGGGGGUAGAGGGAGGGGAGAAGGCUUCUUAGAAGCACCCCUACCUCUUAGAAGGCGCGGCCCU